AAAAAAAUACCUGACGAAAAAAGAGAGAAAAAAAAAGUCUUUUUCACCACGUGACUAUAAAUGCAAGAAUUUUAGUGGGAGAGAUGACUCGCGGUUGAGGAUAAAAACCGUGGAUUUCGCCCCCUACCAAAAAGUCGUGCUCCAACACUCGGGUUUAUCGGACAGUGUACCCCCAAUACUUGCAACGUGCCACUUGUUAAUUUUCACUCUUUUUUCUCUCUCUUUUUUUAAUUUUUCUUUUUUAUUUCGACUGGAGAAGGAGGAAAGGAGCGUGAAAGAGAGUGGCUUUUGGUUGUCCGUAGUUGCGAUCGUACUCCCUCCAGGGUUUGUGGCUUUUAACUUCCCAUACCAACAUUAUUCCAAUAUAGUUGAGGCGUUUGCCUCUCCAGUUUACUAUCCGAGUUCACUCCUCUCAGGCUCAGUCGGUUCUGUGAUCACCGAGGUGUCAGUUUUUUUUUUUUUUUUUACAACCGAGUGGAUCCCAGGAACAAUCGGUUUCGUUGGAAUCCUCAUGUUUUCCGAGUGGAGCUUCAUGUGUGCUCAAUAGAGAAAAUAAACCAGGGAAAUUGGAGGACGAGGAAAGAGAAAGGAAGGGGUUCAUCUUCGGCUCGAAUACUUUCCCUUCUGGACAUCAUGAGGACCCAUCGCCUACCUGCUGGUGCAGUUUUGCUGAUUGGACUCUUCGCUGUGACCUGUCAGGCAUUCACAGCUGGAAAUAAUGUUGAUUUGAAUGAAUAUGUUUAUGGCAUCGAUGAUGAUCUCCAGGCCCGAGCACGUGCAGCUAUCGAGGCCGAGCAACAUGCCUUUCAAAACAACUGGAGGCAAAGUGGCUUGAAAAAGGCAUCUGGUGACUGCAUCGACACCAGGGAAAGCCCCUGUCCACCUUCCAAGUACAGGACACCCUCUGGAGCUUGCAACAAUAUCAGACAUCCGUCCUGGGGAGCGAGAGGAUCGCCUUACCUCAAAUUCAUCUCUCCGAAUUACUCUGAUGGCAUAUCCCGGCCUAGAUCAUCAUCGUCUCGGCACUCCCUGCCGAGUCCCUCAGAGAUAAUCUCUCGUUUGGAGACGUCACCCCUUCGUCAAGGGCUGCGAAGAGAGGAGCGAAAAAGCUUGACAGGUCUAGCAGGUCUCUGGGCUGAACUAGUACUCCGAGAUAUAUCCUCUCCAGUUUUUCCAGACCUCGACCUGUCCAGGUGCUGUCAAUCCUCUCCACAUGCUGAGUGUUACCCCAGCACAGAACCCACAGGUGAUUGCAAUCCCUACUACAGGAACGUCCCCUCAAGAACUGCAUACGGCUGCAGAUUCGAGGCUCGAGAGCAGAUGAACGGAGUCUCCGGUUAUCUGGAUGGCUCUGACAUCUAUGGCACCACGGAUGACAGACUCCACAAGAUGAAGAGCUAUGUGGCGGGCCAGGUCGACCUGUCAGAGUGCGAGGUCUGUAACAGCACUAGGAAAGUCGGGGCACUCUAUACUCUCAUCCUUCACGAGCAUAAUCGUCUUGCUGGAGCUCUCAGUGCCCUCAAUCCUCACUGGGACGAUGCCAAGCUCUUCCUCGAGGCGAGACGCGCUGUCCUCGCACAGAUCCAGAGAAUAACCCUCCAGGAAUUCGCCUCCAGCAUCCUCGGGGAAUCAGACACUGGAGAACUGGAGCAGAUUAACUCCGGGGCGUACAGGGGCUACUCCUCCAGUAAUCGAGCGGGUGCGUUUGACGCAGUCGCCCUGGCAGUCCUCCCUGCGCUGACCUCACUGUCAAGCCCUUUUAAAUCGAAAAACCCCCUGGAAGAUGCCUUAGAGAAUCCCGCGAGUCCUCUGUCGCUCGACGUCCUCUCCUGGAGCAAUAACAACUACUGGAACGCAUCGGCAUUGUUCCUGCAGACCGCCAGAGAUCACGGGAUCCCAGGUUACACAUCUUUCUUGGAGCAAUGCACGUCAGGCGCGAUGAGCAGGUACAUGCGCCCGGAGGACAAGGCUCUAUUGGAGAACAUCUACGGGAGGACGGAGGACGUUGACCUGUUAAUAGGAGGGGUUCUGGAGAGGCCGAGUGAGGGUUCUGCAGUGGGCCCAACAUUUGGCUGCCUCCUGGCAGCUCAAUUAGCGAAAUUGAGGAAUUCUGACAGAUUUUGGUACGAGAAUGAUAUGCCACCGUCGAGCCUCAGCAGCGAGCAAUUAUCGGCAUUGAGAAGAACCAGCCUGGCAGGUCUCCUGUGUGCGAACACCAGGAUGUCGAUGGUCCAGCCGAUGGCUUUCCUGCAGAGUGACGCCUACCUCAACGCCAAGAUCGAUUGCGACAGGCACAAUUCCCUGGACUUGACCCCCUGGAGGGAGCAGUUCGACGAAGAUGACGAUAGGAUGGAGAAGCCCAACGAGGACGACGACUUGAUUGAUAUCCAGAGGAAAAAUGAGAAGAUCUCAUCGUGGCGAGGAGAGCCCGAGUCUCUGGUGAACGCUGAGAUGGUUGCAGCUGCCCUGGAGAAGGCUAAGCAAGACCUCAUCGAGAGGAAGCGUUUGGAGUACUCCUCGUGGCUCCAGCAGAGGUACGCAGAUCCAAAAUCCCCAGCAGGUAUAGCUGCCAGCUUCUCUAAAGCUAAUCGAGAUGCCCUCUCUCUCGCAAACUCCUCGAUCCUCUACGAAUUGGCGACCAACGAGCUGAUCAAUGGAGCCCAGGGUCUGAGGAGGAGAAAACGUCAAGCCUUCGACAGCUCAGACAACAUCUUGGGAUUCUCUGGCAACGAUUUCUCUGAUAUUCUCCAGAACGUUGAUGUCAGCAACUUUGUUACCAAUCAGAGACCAAUUGAUCCCAGUGAGAUAGACUGCCCUGUGGAGGACGGACCAUGUGAUCCCACUACUCCCUAUCGAACCCUCACAGGACACUGCAACAAUCUGAGAAAUCCCAGAUUGGGAAAAUCCCUGACGACAUUUGCCAGGCUGUUAUCAUCUGUCUACGACGAUGGGGUAUCCAAACCCAGGAUUAACUCAGUCCGGGGUGGACCUCUACCCAAUCCCAGAACCAUAUCCACCACGAUGCACCCUGACAUCUCCAAUCUUCAUAAUCGUUACACCCUGAUGAUGAUGCCCUUCGCCCAGUUUCUCGAUCACGAUCUCACCAUGACACCCAUUCACAAGGGAUUCGCCGAGUCUAUCCCAUCGUGCAGAUCCUGCGACUCUGCACGAACUGUUCAUCCUGAGUGCAAUCCCUUCCCUGUACCCCACGGGGACCACUUCUAUCCAACUCAUAAUAUCACCUCUGGAGAGAGACUCUGCUUUCCCUCGAUGAGGUCUCUUCCUGGACAGCAGAAUCUCGGCCCUCGAGAGCAGGUCAAUCAGAACACUGCGUUCCUCGAUGCUUCGGUUAUCUAUGGAGAGAAUAACUGCAUUGGAGGGAUUUUAAGAGGAUUCAAUGGACGCAUGAAUAUUACCAGUCAUCCUCACAGACUAAAGGAUUUGCUGCCUGAGAUUACGACUAAUCCUGAAUGCAGGUCGGCGUCAGGGCGCUGCUUUUUGGGAGGAGAUGGACGAGCCUCAGAGCAGCCCUCGUUGACAGUGAUGCAUACUAUGUGGAUUCGAGAACAUAACAGGAUUAUGGAGGGCCUGAGGAGAGUGAACCCUCACUGGGACGGUGACAGACUGUACCAGGAGACGAGGAGAAUCGUCAGUGCGAUGAUGCAACACAUAACUUACAACGAGUUCCUACCGAGAAUCCUAGGAUGGCACGCUGUGAGUCUUUAUGGGCUGAAGCUUCUGAAUCAGGGCUACUACAGGGAAUAUUCGCCGACCUGCAACCCCAGCAUCCUGACAGAAUUUGCCACAGCAGCUUAUAGAAUAGGUCACAGCCUCCUAAGGCCACAUCUACCCAGGAUGGACCAGAAUUACCGUCCAGUAGAUCCUCCCAUUCUCCUGAGGGAUGGCUUCUUCAACAUGGAAAUGCUCUACAGUUUGAACAUGGUGGACGAGAUGACCAGAGGACUGGUUUCAACUCCCAUGGAGACCCUGGACCAAUUCAUCACCGGGGAAGUGACGAAUCAUUUAUUUGAAAACAGAAAAAUUCCACACUCUGGUGUGGAUCUCAUCGCCCUGAACGUUCAGAGGGCAAGGGAUCACGGGGUACCUGGGUACAAUAGCUACAGGGCACUCUGCAAUCUCAAGAGGGCCACCACCUUUGAGGAUCUCUCCAGGGAGAUGGCUCCCGAGGUUAUCGCCAGGUUGAAGAGAAUUUACGCGAGUGUUGAUGACAUUGAUCUCUUCCCUGGUGGUAUGAACGAACGGCCUCUUCAGGGGGGACUCGUUGGCCCUACUUUUGGUUGCAUCAUUGCCAUUCAGAUGAGACAGCUGAGGAAGUGCGACAGGUUCUGGUAUGAAACGGAUGAUCCUAAUAUCAGGUUCACCGAGCCACAGCUCGCGGAAAUCAGGAAGAACACUCUGGCAAAAGUUUUGUGUGAAAAUAUGGACUCCCAUGUGGAGAUGCAGAGGUCUGUCUUCGACCUGCCGAGCAAUUUUCUCAACCCUAGGGUACCCUGUGGCUCUAUGGCACACAUGGAUUUCAGCGCUUGGAGGGAGACACGCAGCACUGGGUGUCAGAUCGGUGGAAGAAAUGUUGCUGUUGGGGAGAGCGGAUUCCCCUCGCCAUGCACUAGCUGUGUCUGUACGAAUGAAGGGACCCAAUGUGCCUCCCUGAGAGUGACAGAUUGUGCUCAACUACUUCGUGAAGCUUCUCGCGAUGCCAUUCUGCGAGACGACGUUUGCACCGCCCAGUGCGGCUUCGCCCUGGCAGCCACAGACUCAUCAUUUCGACAAUCAUUCCAAAGUGCAUCAGCAUCCGCCUCGGCAUCUGCAUCGGCAUUCGCCUUCUCGGGUCUUGGAUCGAGCAAUCCUACCUCUUUCAAUGAUUUUAAACUUCCCGACCUUUCUCAGUUCGUUGGAUGAAAAAGCAAAAGGUAUAUCAUGAAAUAAUCGAGCGAAAAGCAAGACAUUCAUUACGUACUUGCAAAUGUAAAUAUAGAGCGAUAAAGUGUGUAUGAGUAUUUUUAUAAUUUUGUACUUUUCAUCAUUACGAUUAUGCGAAUUCACUGGGAAAUUUUUACACUCCUGAUGACUGAAUGAGUUUUUGAAUUUCCACACUUUGAAUAUUAUGUUGAUACUGCCAGGGACUACUCAAAUGUACAAUUUUUUUAUGAAUUUAUUAUUUUUUAUUGAUGGAGAUAUUGAGCUAAUUGCUUUCACUUUAUUCAUGUUCAGGGGGCUGUAUUCUAAUUUUUCAAGUUUAUCAGUUUUAUAUUUAGGAUAAAAUAUUGAAAAAAGAAGAGUCAUGUGUAUCAUCAACUUGAUGAGUGGUGAUGCCUCCAAAUUUUUUAAAGUUGAAUCUAUUCCCACAGUUUUACUUCAUUCACGCUCAUGGGAUGGUAUUGUAUCGUUUCGAAUUUAUUAAUUUUCUAUUUAGUGUAAAAUAUUGAAAAGAAUUUUGUAUACCGUUGACUAUGUUUUUGUUCCAUUAAAAAUAACUUUUUAUUGUUUAAAAGAAUGCGCUUUUUCCACUUCCCACUUUCUAGUAAAUUCAAGGAUGUUCUACACCCUUCCCGUAAAUAUUUACGUUUUUUCAAUUUUUCUGCAAAACUUACGAUGCGAUUAGCGUAAAAAAUAUAACGUUUUCGCGUUUUAUUAUUAUUUAAUGACUCAGGAAAUUUCAAAGUGGUGCGAAAUACUUUCCUGCGACCAUGUACAUAAAAAUAAAUUUUUGUACUAAAGGAAAAAUAUUAUUACAUCGGAACUGUUUACUGUGAGCGAGAAAUUUCGUGGAACC